GUCCAACCCGCGCCAUGGCCGGACCGACCUCUUCUUCGCUUCCGGCCGCGCCCGAACACUUUAGCCUGGGACACCGGCCUCUUCCGGUGACUUCCGGCCGGACCGCUGAGGACGUGGACCCACCAUGGCGCGGAAGAAGGUGCGUCCGCGGCUGAUCGCGGAGCUGGCCCGCCGCGUGCGCGCCCUGCGGGAGCAACUGAACAGGCCGCGCGACUCGCAGCUCUACGCUGUGGACUACGAGACCCUGACGCGGCCGUUCUCUGGACGCCGGCUGCCGGUCCGGGCCUGGGCCGACGUGCGCCGCGAGAGCCGCCUCUUGCAGCUGCUCGGCCGCCUCCCGCUCUUCGGCCUGGGCCGCCUGGUCACGCGCAAGUCCUGGCUGUGGCAGCACGACGAGCCGUGCUACUGGCGCCUCACGCGGGUGCGGCCCGACUACACGGCGCAGAACUUGGACCACGGGAAGGCCUGGGGCAUUCUGACCUUCAAAGGGAAGACAGAGAGCGAGGCGCGGGAGAUCGAACACGUCAUGUACCAUGACUGGCGGCUGGUGCCCAAGCACGAGGAGGAGGCCUUCACCGCGUUCACGCCGGCGCCGGAAGACAGCCUGGCCUCCGUGCCGUACCCGCCGCUCCUCCGGGCCAUGAUUAUCGCAGAACGACAGAAAAAUGGAGACACAAGCACCGAGGAGCCCAUGCUGAAUGUGCAGAGGACACGCAUGGAACCCUGGGAUUACCCUGCAAAACAGGAGGACAAAGGAAGGGCCAAGGGCACCCCCGUCUAGAAUGCCAGAACCAGCGGGUGGCCUGAGGGGCUGUGAGGCAGUGGGGACCUUGUUGAUGAAAGAAACCGCCUUCGCGUUACACCCGAGUCUGCCCCUCGGAGCAGGGAGCUCACCUUCCGUGAGGUGUUCUGAGGGUCUGCAUCUUAGUGGGGAGGGCUGGGGCAAAUCGCCACCUGUGCCUUUUCUCUGGCCCUGCUGCCCCCACACCCAACUCCGAGGGCCCACGCUGGGGAAAGCGGGAAGCGCUGGCUCCCUUUCCCCCGUUAGUGCUCUCUCUGCCUGGAUCCUGGUAGAAGUUAUGAAAGGGAAUAAAGAAAAAAGAAGUA